AUGAAUGAAAAAGAAGAGAUACAACACGCAGAGUAUGUCACCGACAAAGUUUCUCAAGCAGACGAUGACUUUACAGAAAGAAGCGAUAAGAAUGAGCCAGCAUUGGUGAAAUCUCCUGAAGAAGCUGCAUUUCUUCGCAAGCUGAAUUGGACAGUCUUGCCAUUGGUUUUCCUCAUUGUUUGGAUUCAAUUUUGCGACAAAUCUUCAUUGACAGUGGCUGCAAUACUGGGUAUCAUGCAGGAUACUGGCAUAAAUGGCUCUCAAUACAGCUGGGUAGGCUCCAUCUUUUAUCUAGGUUACUUGGUUUGCCAGGUACCGAACAAUUAUCUGAUUCAAAGACUUCCAGUUGGCCGAUAUCUGGGCGCUGUGCUGAUGCUUUGGGGAUGUGUGAUGGGAGCUACGGCUGCUUGCCACAACUUUGGUCAAUUGCUUGCCCUGAGAUUCUUGUUGGGCUUUCUGGAAGGUGUCACCUUUCCCUGUCUUUAUAUCGUACUGAACACUUUGUAUCGUAAAUCCGAACAAUCAAGAUGCUGGGGCUUUAUCCAUGUCGGUACAGGCCUAGGCACUGUCAUAGGUGUGUCUAUUUCUUCGGGCUUCUCUCAAUUAGAUGGUGUCAAAGGUCUUCGAGCCUGGCGAUGGAGCUACAUUAUCUAUGGCGUCAUUACUGUCGCUAUUGGUGUCUUGACCUUCUUCUGUUUGGUUGACGAUCCUCACCACAAGCUUCUCAGAUUGACCGAGAAAGAGAAGGAAAUUGUCGAACAGAGAUCAAAUGACAAUCGCGCAGUGCGAAACAAAGAAAUCAAGAAAGAACAAAUCUGGGAAGCCAUUAAGGAAGUUCGCUUAUGGAUCUUCUUCUUUGUAUUUUUUUUCAAUUAUCUUCAAAAUGGCGGCAUAAUGACCUUCAGCACACUGCUCGUUCGAGGUCUUGGUUUCUCUCCUCGUACAUCGAUCCUCCUCCAAAUACCUAAUGGUAUUGCAGCCGCCACUUUCGGCAUGGGGUCCGUUAUCAUAGCUCAUAGGAUUAAAAGAAACACAUUGAUGGCCGUUAUCACAGCUUCUGUAUCUUUGCUGGGUUGCAUUUUGCUGGCCGUCAUUCCUGGUACACCCAAGUUGGUUGGUCUUUAUAUUAGCUGGGCUACGACAGGCACUGGCGCUCUUGCUCUAACUCUCGUCACCAACAAUGUAUCUGGCUACACCAAGAAGGUCUUCUAUAAUGCAAUUGUUAUUGUAGGCCAGAACCUUGGCAACUUUGUUGGCCCUCUUAUUAUGGUUCAAAAACAGGCACCUACUUAUUGGGGAGGCAUUGCUGGCUUCUGUCUGGGCAAUGCGCUCGUUAUUAUUUUGUUAGGUGCUUUGUAUAUUAUGAUGACGAGAGAAAACAAGCGUAGACUUGCUAAUCCACCAGAGAAUGCAACUGACGUUUAUUUGGAUUUAACAGAUAAGCAAGACAAGAACUUUACCUACAAGCUCUAA